AUGUAUCUGCCAAUUCUACAGCAUUACAUUUUCUCCAGAGAGGGGGGCCCGGCUUCAAGAAUACCGCAACGAGCGACUCAACGAUCUAAGCAAGGAAAACUUCGAUACCCUUAUCCAAGAUGGGAAGAUCCACUAUUUGCUCUUACAAAACCACCUAUACAACAGAUGAUCAAACAGUUAGAUCUUUUUAUGCAAAAAGACAAAAGCAUGCAACCCUCCCUUCGCCCCAAAAAGAUCAUCGGUAAACCCCCUGACAAGAGACAGAGUGCUAUUGCGGAAGAACCCAUCGGUCGUGAGCGCCUGCUUGCCCACCUUGAAGCAGAAAUGAUUCCUUACCCACCCGAGGAACUUCUGUCUAUCGGCCAAUCUGAGUAUGCAUGGUGUGAGGAAGAAAUGAUAAAAGCAUCCACCGAGUUAGGCUACGGCCGUGAUUGGCAUCGUGCUCUUGAGUUUGUCAAAACCCUUCAUGCAGAACAGGGCCAACAGGCGCAACUUGUGCACGAUGGUGUACUUGAAGUAAUCGAGUUCGUGACAAGGCAAUAUGACCUCGUUACGGUCCCACCCCUUGCCGCGAAGACCUGGAAAAUGGACAUGGUGUCGCCAUCACCGGAAUUUCAAUCCGCUGCGUUAGUUGGUGGAGAGAAAAUGGUGGCAGCAUACCCUACAGUGCAUAUGUCCCAUGAAUCCAAGCUAGCGAGCCUGCGAACAAACAAUAUCCAUUUCUCCCACUCAACAGGCUUCCAUGAGGUGAUCCCAGACCACCAUUUGCAACUUUAUAUGAAUGUUAGACAUCGCACCUAUCGGGCGCUUUUCUAUACACCGUUUUGGAUCGAAGGCGGAGCCAUGUACUGGGAAAUGUUAUUUUGGGAUAAGAAGUUCCCUACCACUCCAGAGGAUAAGAUCUGA